GCUGUAUCUGCUAAAGCAGACUGAGGACGCAUUCUAGAGUGUUGAGAGCAGGAAGCACAAAGGCUGGCCUCAGAUCUUUCACUUAAAGAUGCCGUCCAAUGACCCAAGAUUCUCUCGACUCCACACGGACCCGCGAUUCCGACGUCCAAAGCAGAAAGCUCUCAAAGUCGAGAUUGAUGAUCGGUUCAAGGAUGUAUUGCAGAGUGAAGAAUUUGGAGGAAGAGGCAGUAAAAGCAAAGGAAAAGGCAAAGGAGUCGAUAAGCGCGGACGGGCUCUGACUGGUUCACAUCACUCUGAUCAGUUGAAACGAUUCUAUCGACUCCGUUCGGCAUCUCCGGAAGAUGAAGAAGGAGGAUCUGAAUUCGUAGACUACGCUCGAGGAGAGGGAGUCUUGGAUUCUUCAGGAUCAGAGGAUGAAGACGAUGAUGAUGAUGGACAGAGCGAUGGGUCGACGGACGAAGAGGAAGAGUUAGAAUUAGGUGGCAAGCCUAAACGCGGGAAGAUCCCGGAACUGGAUAUUGAAGACGGUGACGGCGAGAGUGAAAGUGAGGAAUCGCAUUUGGACAUCGAUCUGUCAGAUGAGGAUCGAGCGGAUGAAGGCACGAAUGACGAGGAAGACGAGGACGAAGAGGUCUAUGCGGAACCUACCAAACGGAUAGCAGCUGUCAAUCUCGACUGGGACAACCUUCGAGCGGCAGACUUGUUUUCGGUCUUCAAUUCCUUCCUAUUGCCUGCGCUCAGAGGGGCUGGCGGAUCAAAAGCGGGUGCUGGUAGUUCGAGCUCGAGUUCCACUUCACUGGGGAAAUUAUUACAUGUCAGGAUAUACCCCAGUGAAUUCGGAAAGGAACGAAUGGCAAGGGAGGAGGUCGAGGGUCCGAGUGCAGGGAUUUUCGGAGCGAAAUUUGGAGCGAGGCCUGGGCAUGAGGCCGAAGUUGACGAGUAUUCAAGCGGGGAUGGGAUUGAUGAGGACGAGGAUGAGGCACAGGAUGAAGGAGAAGAGGACGAGGACGAGGACGAGGACGAAGAUGAAGAGGGAGACGAAGAUGAGGAUGAUGACGCAGAAGAGGGCGGCGAAGACGAGGACGAAUCUGACGACGAAGAAGUCGGCUCUCGCCCAAUCAGCAAGCGAAAAGGCAAAGGCAGAGCCUCAAAAGAGAUCGAUGGACUAGAAAUCAUGUCCGACGUCUCGGACAACGAAGAAGGUGAUGUAAAUAUGGACAAGCUACGCCAAUAUCAGUUGGAGCGUCUGAGGUACUACUACGCCGUUGCUACCUUCUCCACCGUGCAAGCUGCCAUGAAAGUGGUCGAAGAAUGCAAUGGGACAGAAUUUGAGAGGACGGCCAAUGUCUUGGAUUUGAGCUACGUCCCGGAUGAGAUGGAUUUUGCAGAUGACGACAUCAAGGAUGAAGCGACCGAAGAACUUAAAGGAUACAAAGGGAACGAUUUCGUCACAGAUGCUCUUCGCCAUUCCAAGGUCAAGCUCACAUGGGAUCAAGAUGAUCCGAAUCGAAUCAAGGUCACGCGACGUAAUUUGACAAAGGAGGAAAUGGAAGAAGAGGAUUUCAAGGCAUUGGUCGGAUCCUCAGAUAGCGAGGAAGAGGACGUGGUUCCGAACGGGGCUGAUGGGGCGACGGUGGGCUCAAAACGUGACAAGAGGGACAAGGAUAAGCUUCGAGGAUUGCUCUUGAAUGGUGACAAUGACGUAGGGGACGUCUGGGGCAAAGCAGCUUGGGGAUCGAAGUACAAGGAUAUUGAUGCUGGUGCGAAACCUUCUGCUGGCGAUAUGGAGAUUACGUUCCGUCCAGCCCUCAGUACGAAGCCACAAGCGAAUUCAGAGGAGAUGACGACUUUGGAGAAGUAUCAAUUGCGAGUCAAGGAGAGAAAGCAGAGGAAGAAGGAAAAGGUGGAACUGAAACGCUCUUCUGGUCAGGGCGACAAGGAGGAGGGUGAGAAGGACUUGGGAGAGACAGACGACUUCUUCGGCAGUGCGAGUGACGAAGAUGAAGACGAGGACGACAAAGAGCAGCAACGACGAAGAAAGGGCACCAAGGCAGACUCUGCAGAGGUCAACGACGAAGACGUAGAAGCCGACGAAGGUCUCAACGAGGUGGUGGGUGGAGGACACCAUGUGGAGCACUUUUCUAUGAAGGAUAUCCUUCGCGCUGAAAAGGAUCAAUUAUCAAAGAAGAAGCGGAAGCGAUCCAAGAAGAAGAAUGCAGACAAGGAGAGAGAUGUUGAGCUCGGAGUUGACGGAUGGAAAAUUGAUACUUCUGAUCCGAGGUUCAAGGCUCUACACGAAGAACCAGACUUUGCCAUUGAUCCGAGCAACCCGAGAUUCCAAAAGACAAAGGCUAUGAGCGAGUUGCUCAGCGAGCGGAAUCGUCGAAAGCAGGAAGGAUCCGGAUCAUCCGAUCAGAAACCCAGUCAAAAUGGUGCAGUGGCAUCUGGUGGAAAGCCAAAGAGCGAGCUUGAUUCACUGGUUCAGAGCGUCAAGAGCAAGAUGGGCCAGAAUAGAGGACGAAAGAGAGUCAAGCGGCAGGCAUAGGUCAUUUGAUAGUGCGACCAAGAUGAAUUUUGCCCUA